GCGCCCGUGAUCGAAGCAGGACUGAGUCCUCCACGAACAUCUGCAAAGCGGCUCUAAUCCCUUCGCUGCUGCACUCCGUCAAGUCGGACCAAGAACGCCUACGCAUGCUUGCUCGCAAUGCUUCCCAGAGAACCACUGUGUCCUUCAUCGCGCUCGAUUUUCUCGCACCUCGGAUUUUCUGCAGAGGCAAUGCGACGACCCGCCGGACGCUGAAGGCGGAACCAGUCAGGCCCGAGCUCAACAGCAGCUCCUUCUUCGACCGCUCGGUCGUAGCACCCCUCGCGUCGUCCUCCCGAUCCACUCUUUCCCCAGGAGACGUACUCGAUCAGUUGAACAAACACAUCGAUCUACUCCACGGAACACAAUGCCAGGGUCUGUCCAACGGGGAAGCGGAGAUCUUCAACCAGGCUGUCCUUCAACUACGAGCCAUGGCCAAACCGCUUCUGGCUCCUGAUCUGCACGACACAUGGCGGAUUUUGAAUGAGCUCGAUAAACGUCAUCUAUUGCGUUUUUUUGGUCCACCCCACUAUGAAAUGUGCUCCAGAAUCGUCGCAUCGUAUUGUAAACACAAACUUGAAGACGCUCUGUUCGAUGUGACGGAGAUGGAAGCCCUGCGAGAGAUCUCUGUAGCCGCGGCAGCCGAGGGCCAGUCGGAAGGGUUGAAACAGUACAUGCUAUCGUUGAUCAAGCUCAAAAACCCAGAUGCUGUUCUCCUUUUGUACGAACGCUAUGAGGCCUUACUCGGAGAGAAGGUGAUACGGCUGGAACCCGAGGAACCAGUAGACGGGGACAAAGGCGAAUCUGCUAACAGCUCCAGCGAUCAUGCGCAGGAUACGACCAUUCACGGCCUUCAAUCUGACAUACUCCUCGCUGCAGUGACUGCGCAUGCGUUGCGCGACUCCAAGGAAUCCUUCCUGAACGCAUUUUCUAUGUCAUUUCGAACCUCAGCGCGCUUCAUUCCCAGCGUUAUCGAUCAUUUCACGCGACUUCUGGAUCACGACGAGGCAUUGGCCAAGCGGGUAAAGGAUUACGGUCGUCGCAUUAAGGUCGCACGGCUCGUUGCACGUCCGGCUGCGCUCGCAAAGCAUAUUGACCAGUUGGCGCACAGUUGGGCUUUAAAACCGCUGGAGGAACUCUAUCAAGACAUAUCCAAAGGCCUUUCAACUCCCGACCCAUGGCUUUCGGUCAAGUCAUCAGACAAGGACGCGAACGGGUCCAUAUAUGUGUCAGAGUCAGCGUGGCCCGCUUUCAUUACUGGCUUCAUGUUUUGUCGGAGGACCGACCUAGCAUCGAAUGUAUGGAAUGACGUGCUGAAGUGGGGAAUCCGCCCAUCGGCUGCUAUGUUCACAGCAUGCAUCAAGGGGUAUGGUGAGCUUAAUGCGCCCGUCGAGGCGAUCAACACCUGGAACGCUAUGCUCGAGCAGGGCUUAAAGCCUGAUAUUGCGGCAUAUCAGGCCCUUGUCGGCGCCUUAUACCAUUCGAAUUUGCCUGAAGAGGCUUCAAAGAGGUUCCAAUUAGCUAAGUCUGUGGUCCGCAACCUUUCUCCUACUCCUGCGGAUUCGGAUGUGCUAGUCUUAUACAACACAACCCUCCAUGGGAUGCUCUUCCAUCACGAGGAAACCGAAGCGCGCGCGAUUCUGGACGAGAUGCAAGCUGAAGGGCCAAAACCCGAUAUCGUCACGUUCAACACAUUCCUCAGGUAUUACGCGCGGAAAGGGCAACUCAAGACAUUGUCAGAGAUUUUACAAAUGAUCGAGCCUACCGGUCUUGUAGGAGACGUUUACACCUUCUCCAUCGUCCUAUCUGCGUUAUUCAAGGUCCGAGACGAUGCACCGGAGAUCGUGCUUAAUCUCAUGCGCAAGCAGGGCGUCGAGCCGAACGCAGCCACCUUGACGACAAUCAUCGACUACCAGAUGCGAUUGCAGACAGAGAAAGGUCUCCAUGCCGCGCUCAGUUUGCUGGGGCGCAUGGAGCGGGACGAGAUUCCGGGUGCACGGCCAAACGAUGUCACUUACACCAGCAUUCUGACCGGUAUCCAUCGCAGCAAUUGGCUUCCACCCAAGCUCGUCGCGGAAUAUAGGAAGAUAAUAUGGGAUAAAAUGAAGGCUCGCAAGAUCAAGCCGAAGAGGACAACGUUCAACAUCCUUCUCCAAGCAUGCUUCCAGAACCCUGAGCCACAGGGCACACAGGAUGCUCUCAGCUAUUACAAGAUCAUGCAGAAGGAGCGGAUUGCCCUCGCAAACGACUCAUGGUACAUUCUGCUGCAUAACCUGGUGAAGAGGGAAGAGUGGGUGCUGGCGAACGAGGUGAGACUCGAUCUGCUCAGUCGCAAUUUCACACCGGCAGGCGCGCUGUCGGAUUUGGUUGAGAGAGUGCGUAAAAGGGCUACUGAAAAGUUGAAGGCUGGACCUGCUGCCUACAUCUAAACUUAUGUUGCGGUGUAUUGUGGACCU